AUGCAACCAACAGCACAAACUAGCACGCAGUGGCAGCCCGGUGGGAAUAUCGUGGGAACCAACCCAGUCGGCAAUGGAGGACUUCCCGCCCAUCUUACUGGGACCAUCUCGCAACAUGGAGCUCAGAAUGUCGCCCCAGAACCAGCGUCUACCGAAUACGUUCUCCGGCAUGUCGGCGCUGAUCCACUCCUUACAAGCCGAGGUCCUCUGUCCCCCGAGGAGCAUCGUUUUGAGAGUUUGCGCGCCCUUAGAGGCCUCCAGCCAGGACAAGCGCCUCCAAGUUGGGUGAAUCAUAUUGUAAAAGGAAUUAACUUAGCGGCAGCUGAAAAGGCCUCGGACUCUGCACCGGCGAACAGCAGACCCCUCGAAUCAACGACGCAAGCUGUAGCUGUGACAGCAAGCCCACCAAGCGCUGAUGUCCUGAAACAUCCCGAGCCAGGCACCAGCGUGGAGGAGCUGAGGUGGCGCGACUACCAGGCUUUGAAACAAAACCGGGUACCAGGUGCUGUGGUCAGCGCGCCCACAGGUCCGCAGCAACCUACGGGAGCCCUUCCGGGCGCCUCCCUUUCGGCUCUUCCGCCAAGCAAUGUCGCCCCUAACACACCAAUUUUCCCUACGCCCGUUCGGACGCUGUUUCCGCCGACACCGCUAGCAGCCGUGGGCGUAUCUGUCUUGCAGCCUGAUGUGGAAUCUAUGGAUACAUCAGACACGCCGGACGGUGAACAGCACUUCCAGUGCAUCUACGCGCAACCAGGCAAUGCAAUCGCCAGUCCCGAGGAAAUGAGAGUCGUGCAGGCGAGUUCUGCGGGGCCGCAGCUAUCAGGUUGA